UGUCUGAUGUCGCAUUCAGGAUCUGUCGUCCCAUUGACAACAGACAAGGCCGAGCUCUAUGAGGCCCAUGUCGACACUAGUCAAGUCGACGAGAGACGACUCCUUCGUAAGAUCGACAUCCGAGUCGUGCCUUGGUUGGGGCUCCUCUAUUUUCUCAACUUUUUGGAUCGGGGAAGUAUAGGAAAUGCGAAGUUAUACCACAUGGAGACCGACUUGGGCAUCACAGAUAAGCAAUACCUCAUUGCACUUACUGCCUUUUUCUUUCCGUAUGCAUUACUUGAGCCUGCAAGCAAUAUAAUCCUCAGAAGAGUUCGACCCUCGGUAUGGCUCUCUUCAAUGAUGUUCGUUUGGGGAAUUGUCAUGAUGUGCCACGGAUUUCUGCACAACUACGGAGGGCUCGUCACCUUGCGAGUACUGCUUGGAGUGGCAGAGGCCGGUUUAUACCCCGGAAUUGUAUUUUAUAUCUCUUGCUGGUACAAGCGGUCCGAGCUUGGUACACGGAUAGCAGCAUUCUUCACUUCUGCCACUAUAGCGGGAGCAUUCAGCGGUCUCCUGGCCGCUGCUAUAUCCAACAUGAAUGGUGUCGCAGGAAAGCCUGGCUGGUCUUGGAUCUUCAUUCUCGAAGGACUCCUCACCGUGUUGUGUGCGGUUGCUUCAUAUUGGGUCGUCUCGAAUUUCCCUGAGACAGCAGGGUUCCUGACCAAAGAAGAGAGGGUUUUCGUCAUUAGACGUUUGAGGGACGACAUGCAGUUCAGCGCUGGCGGCGAGGCAUUCCAAGCCCGAUAUAUUUGGCAAAGCCUCGGGGACUGGAAAACCUAUUUAGCAAUGGGUAUAUAUAUGGGAUAUAAUGGUCCAUUAUUUGCGUUUUCCUUAUUCACCCCGACAAUCAUCGAUGAGUGCUUGACCAUCGUACCAGGUUACACAGCGACAACAGCGAACCUGCUUUCCGUUCCCGUGUACAUCUGGUCAUGUAUAGUGACCGUGAUUGUGGGAUUAGUCGGUGACCGCCUCGGGAAGAGAGGGUACAUCAAUUUAAUUCUAUUCGGAACGGGCAAGUGUCUGGUUGGUUAUAUCAUACUAAUCACAUCCAGGACUCCAGCAUUGUCUUAUUUUGCAUGCUUCCUAGCUUCAUCAGCAUGGGUGGCAAGCAACGUCGAGGGCUCAUAUAAACGAGGUGUCACACUAGCCAUGGCUAUCGGGUGGGCAAAUUUGAACGGAGCUGUUUCCUCGAACGUUUAUCGUGCGCAGGAUGCACCUUGGUAUAGGCUUGGCCAUGGCAUCAUGCUUGCCUACAUUGCAAUUGGUUGGUUAUGUUCAGCAGCAUUCAUGUUCCUGUUGCGUAGGGAGAAUGAGCGAAGGGACAGAGGAGAGCGCGAUGAGGUGAUCAACAGUGACAACUCUGGGGAGGAUAUGAGCGAGUUAGCCUUGAAGAAUGGGCGAUUUGAGACAAUCGACGAUGCACGACGCGAGAAGGGUGAUGAGUGGAGUCAAUUCCGAUAU